UAUUCGCGGCGUUUCGUUCUUCACCAAACCCGAAGAGGAAGCCAUCGCGCAUUUUUCUGUUUGUUGAACGAGGUUUUCCGGUCAGAAUAGCUGAUUUCUGUGAAUAUACCUGGAUUUAGUGAGUUUUUAUUGCGAUUUACUGUUUAUAGUGAUAGUGCAGGUCAAAAGAAAGGUGGAUUUCACUUGGGGGAAAACGAUCGAUUCGCUUGCAUUUUGCGUUUGCUCGGAUUUGUGUUUUUGCUGCGCUUGACGCUUUAGAGAUAAUGGGUAAAUCAAAGGAUAAUAAAACUGAUAGUGAAUCUAGCGAAGAGGAGGAGUAUGUCGUAGAGAAAAUUGUUGAUCGAAGAGAACGGAAAGGAAAGAUCGAAUAUUUUUUGAAGUGGAAAGGAUACGAUUCAUCAGCCAACACAUGGGAACCGAAGGAAAAUCUGGAAUGCCCCGAAUUGAUCAAAGCAUUUGAGGAUGCUAGAACAGAAGCUAAGAAGGAAACACCAAAGGAGAAAGAGAAGACAAAGGAAAAAAAGAAACCAAGCAAGCCCAGCAGUGGCAGUGGUACUUCUAAGAAGAAGAUGGAUUCGGAUGGAGAAAAUGAAGGAUCAGAAGAUGAUGACAAAGAUGAUACUGCUUCGACUAAGUCAACAAAAUCUAAGACCGUGGCAGCCGAUGAUGCAUCUGCAAGCGAUGAUGGUAUGAAUGGUUUCGAGAAAGGAUACAUUCCAGAGAAAAUUCUCGGCGCUACUGAAGCAAACAGCGAAUUGCUCUUCCUUAUCCAGUGGAAGGACAAAGAUAAGGCCCAAUUGGUUUCCUCCAAGGAAGCACGCAAACACUGUCCCCAGCUGGUUAUAGACUUCUACGAAGAGCGCUUGAUUUGGCAGUCAGCCGAUUCUGCAGAAUAAGCGUCUCCAUUCGUUUUACCCCUCCUUCUUUUACUCGCAGAAAUCCUGGUGGGAUAGGACGUUUUCUUUGCAAGAAAUAUGUUUAGAAUGUUUGUUUAAGUAUGCCAACAAUUUAAUGAUAACUCGGAACCUGUAUGUUUAGUGGUAAGAUUUUGUUUACCUUUGCCACGUUUCGAACUCUUGAAUUUUACUAGUGGUUUCGAAAACCGAACUCGAUGGAAAGUUAAACCCAUUUAGCGCAGCAUCAUGUAUUUUAGUGGUAGGAGAGAACCUAAUUAAUUUCUCAUGACUUCAGACGACAAAAAACGAAGCAAAACAAAUUAUGCACAUUUUGGCAAAAUAUAGGUUUAGAAGAUA